GACGCUUUUUCGAUCAGAACGUUCACCAGUGUUACGUCUACGUCGCGAGAAAGAAAGUAGCAUAAGGAUUUCAGCGUGAGACGAUAGAUCCUGUCAGCGAACAAAAAUCCAACUGAGAGUAUUAUACAAGAGAAUUCUUACUUCGGUGGUAUUCCCAGGAUGGAGAUGCCUAUUAAUAAAGUAUUAUCCUCUCUCUCGGUCGCGCUCAAUUCCUUUGAAAAGGUACGAGGCACUUACUCUCAAUUAUUCCUAAGGAUCACCGCUCAGCAAACGACCAACCUUGUGUACCCAUUUACGUAUCUUUCUCAAAUUUGGAAUAAAAUAAUAGGCCCCCCGCCCCCCGCCACUCUGAGAGAACCUGAUUAAAAUUUUAUUGGAUAUUUCGGAUUCAAACUAAGCGGGCGGAAGUUGAGCAUUGCUCGUGCUCGGUGCAUUCUGGGACGUAUGGGACGCAUAAAAAUUUAAUACACGAAAAUAUGUUUUGAUUGGAAAAUAUGGAAGACGAUGAGGUCUAUUCGGUUCGUCUUUUCGUGAUGUGUAAGAGGAUGCUGUAUAUAGAAAAUGACUGAAGGAGAUCUGGUACGCAUGUUACGCAAAGGAUGAAGAAGAAGAGACAGCGUAGACAGCAAGUGAACUGAAACAGUAAAGAACGGCAGUGAGCCAGUCACUGUGGUGUAUGUGGCAGAAUAAAGCGGAAUUCAAGGCAACGUGGAAUAUAAAUAAUAUUAUGCAAAUAUCCACGUAGAUGGAAGAGUGUACUCGUUCCGAGUUAAUUUGAUGAAAAACAUCAGAAGUCAGAGGGAAGAGACGGAAAAAGGCGCAUCCAGGAAGGAAAGGACUCUUUGCUAUGAGAAGUAGGCAGGUACUUGAUACCAGUGGGGUACCACUAGCCAGGUUGUAUCUGGGAUGCCUUAAGUCCUUUAACCUCUUAAGUGCAAUGGAAGAUUGUACGUUUCGACCUAAAAAUAUUAUCAAUUGAAAAGUCAUUUAUAUUCGCGUGACUCGCCCUUCCAGGGUUUAGGGUUGCUGAGUGUUGAGUGAAAUAUCGAGGUGUCCAAAUUUUUAAAAUCAAAAUAGCGGAUUCCAACGUGGUCAACGAAAAUGAGACUAGUCAAACUUUUAUAAAAAUUGUUCUUCGCGAACCAACGACUGUGAUUGUUUAGGGAUGUUGAUUUAGGGAGACUGGUACAUUGAAUCUUUUAAGUUGAAUUUAAUAAAUUUUAACUCUGAUAUGAGUUCGGCGACCUUAUAAAUCGGAACAACGAUUUUCAAUCAAAUUGGACUACCUUCUUAUUUUUUGGCGCCAUAUUGUAUCAGUUAUUUUGAAUUUUUUAAAUUUUAACUAUAAAUUCGAAUUCACCGACUUCUUAUUACCAUUCCUCCAGUUUUCUUUACCUUAUCCUUUUAGCCCUCUUCCUCUCUCUUCGCACUCGACUUUCUUCAUUUCCACACACACGCUACGUAAUAACAGCCUUACCACUUUACACCGCAAGAAUGCCAUAUUCACCUUUUUAUUUCCUAUCCUCGAAUCAACGCGUUUACCUAGAAUAAUCUUCAGGAUAAUAUUCAGGUACACUUCGAUCGCCAAUAAAAGCAUAUAUGGCGGCAUCCGAAUAGUGCUCAAUAACUGCGUCGUUAUGACCGCCGCUCAGCGCAUCAGCUACAGUAGUCAAACCCCACCUCAGAAAUAUUUCAAUAAUUUUGAUUUUCAAUAAAAAAAAAUCAGCUACAAUUGUAUAUUUGCUAAAAAAAUAUAUAAAAUUUUAAUAACUUCAAGUGGUACAAACACGCAAAACCUCGUCACCGUCUGUAGGUACAAGCUACAGUAAAAGGGCUCUACGGCGAAUUGCUUGUAAAACAAGAGAAAUGAGAGAAGUGACCAGAUAAAGAAAUUCAGAUAGAAACAAGAGUUCGAGAUAAGGGGGUAUAGAGGGAGAAGAAAAUUUGCUUCCGCAUCGUAGCGUUAAUAAGUGUAGAAGAAGAAAAAGGCCACGUGUUCAGAGUGCGACCAAUCUCCUUUCCUCGGGGGCGGUUCUCAUUGAGCCAACUGAGCUUGCUCAGGGGUUACCGAGGGUUGGCCCCAGGUUGGGGUGUCCGCGGAGGCGGAGAAGGGAUACUGGGAAAACCGCCCUCACGGCGCGCCACGAAUCGGGCGUUCAAAUCACAGACACCAGGCACCGCGACGUCAUUAGCUGUCGUUUUGUUACGAGAUCCCGCGCGCGACGCACCUGUCAUUUACUGCGUUCAACGACCACAGGACAAUUACCAUUAACCUAGUGUUUCACUUGACCAAAGAAAAGCCCACGAGUCUCUGUAAAUCGUUUAACGAUAAUCACAAUUAUCAGCUGAUUUAUAAAAUUAGUGCGACAGAAAAUUUACCUGGAAUUGGAUGAUUGAAAACUUUCAACGGCAAGAAGCAAGCUAAACCGCUUCGAGUAACGUGCAUCCGCCAAGCGAAUAAUCGCUAUCGUUGAGCUUGCUAAGAAUGCGUCAAGUUAUACGGAUGGAUUAUACGAGGAGUGUAAAUUUUUCUAGCACGAAAUAAAAAUAAGAGAGAAGGGAGAGUGCAUCGGCUAGAAACUGAUCCUUGACAUAAUGUACAGUCUGUACAGAGCAUGGUUCAGUGGCGAAGAGAGUUACCCGCGAAUGGAGACUCUCUCGCCACCCGACACGCUUAUAAGGGUUGGAAACGAGGGUGAACACCAAUUCGUGGCACAUCGAGGUAUCCUGGCAGCACACAGUGGCUACUUGAAGGCACUUUUGGCGACAGCAACAAGUACUGGUACGAGUUCGACAUCCGCAGGAAGCGAGGCACCGGUAGGAGUGACGUCAGUUUCCGUGUCAUCUAUUGGUGGAGAAGCUUUCGCCCCGCUGCUCAGCUACAUGUACACGGGACGCCUGGAAGUGACUUUGGAUAACAUUUACAGCGUCUUAUUAGCCACGCAUCUUCUUCACAUGCCCGGUGCGCUCGAGCAGUGCAGAGCGGCUUUGCUGAGACUCAGGGCACCGCCACUACCGGCACCUACGCCGAGAGCCAGCAGUGUCUUGAGACCUGUUCCUAAUAGGAUUAUUGGACCGCCGUUAUGCUGGCCACAGCCAGCGCUGUAUCCCUCUGCUCCGGUGGGUCUGUCCCACCUACCGAGCCUACCCUUACCACCUACGAUCCCUACUAUACCUAUUCAGAUGAUCCACGACACACGACCUUACAGCGAUCCUGCUGCUGCUGCUUCCAGAAUACGUGAAACUUCAAGGUCCCCGAUAUCGCCCACGGACAACGAAAGAGCACGACGGUCACGUUCCCGUUCGGGAAGUCCUGAAGGUUUGCCAGCGUCACCAAGGAAACAGGACCGAUCAGGAGAAACGGAAGAGGUGAAGGAUCAUUCCUCGCGGGGCCAGGCUACUGGGAGGAGUCCAAGUCCUUCGGGAAGUAGCGAGAGGAUAUCAGUAACGGAUAUAGAGCCAUCGCGCCGUCGAGGACAGUCUCGUUCUAGUGUGGAUACGGGAACAGGAACCUCCAGUGUCGUCUACGACGUAGCUUGUUGUGACGGUCCUGUAAGAUUUCACCGUGUUCUUAAUGAGAAUUAUUCAGCGCCCGCGGGCGGCGUGAUCGUUCAGCGUCAACGUGCUUGCCUCGAAGACGACGUGGUAGUCGGUGAGAACGACGAGAACGGUCAUCCGGAUGCUUCACCCACGGAUGAUAAUCAUGGGGAACCCGGUGUAAGUGGUAACGCAAAUGGAAGUUACACGUGCACCUACUGCAAGCACACCUUCAAGUCGCACUACUGCUAUCAGAAACACGCCAGGAGACAUUUGCUACCCAUCGAGGCUUCCGAAACCACCGGAAGCUCACGCCAAGGCGGGAAGAAGCGCGAGGUUCGACUACUGAAUUUAAACGUGCAAUAUUACCCGUGUAAGAUUUGCGGUAGCAAGUUUCCGAGUUAUUACUUUGUGCACAAGCACAGAAAAUUGUGUCACUCGAACGUCGAGGAUGCGCAAAGUGGAAGUGAGGAGACAGCUAACGCGGUACAGAAUAGUAAUUCGAAUAACGCUUAGUGCUCAAAGAAUUAAAAGAAACGAAAAAAUUAAAAGUCUGUAGAAUUAGAAGUCUGAGGAAUGAGUAUCGGCGUACAAGUUACACUGGAGAUACGUAAAAACUUGAUUAACAAUCUUACUGUGAAUUUUUUUAAAUUCUAAAAUUUCAUCAUAAUCGAUGAUACACGAAGUAGGUAAUUGUAUCCUAAUGAUAAUCUUAAAUAAACCAUCGAUUGUCCUUAUCCAAUAAGCAACUUAUGUAGUAUGCAAUUGCAUGUAAUUACACUUGGAAACCUAACCUAACAAUUCCAUUUGUAAAGUACCCAACGGACAUUCGAUAGCGUUCAAUUCCGUUAACACCCUGAAGACUCCACAUUGUUCAUUCAUAACCGCUGCGAUCACUUCCUAGGUCACAUUAAAUAUUUCUCUCAUUCUCUCGGCCGUGAAUGACUUCAUAAUUAAUAAAAUAAUUCAAGUUCCACGCUUCUUACAUUUCACCCCAAAACAUAAGGCCAAGGGAGAGAUACUUCGUCUUGAUGUUCUAAACGUAAAGUGACUUUACCAGAACAUGUGGAACCUCGAGUUCUUUCUUUGCUCCAGAGAACUACAAAGAAAAUCCAGAUUUUUACUAGCGACGUCCAAUGUACGGGAACAAUACUGUCAAGCGUGCUCGAUUACUGACUGUGGCCAAGAAGUACAAAAUAAUUGCAAUGUAAAUACAUGAAAAUCCGUACGGAACGAUAUUCCCCGAAGUUUCUAUUAGCUGGAAAUGCGAAGUUAUUAGGGGAGUGCAAAGAAAAUUGAGGUUGAAGUUCUAUCGUAUAAUAGCGUGGCACUCGUAGCAAGCUCGACCUAUUAUUUGGUUCAAUUAAUGAAGAACCAAAAGAACAUGUACAUAUAGACAGUUCGGUAGCUGUGUUAUAAUUAUGUAUAGCAAAGUGAACUAGACGCACCAGCAAUAGGUUAUAGAAUAAAUGAACAUAAGAGAUGUCAGUGAUUGCUGGAUGCCACUGAUGCAUCCCUUGCAUAUGACUAAUAAGCACACAUCGCGUACUAUCUAUUAUUCAGCAAUUGUCGUAUUGGAUUGUCAUGCAGCAACGUCGUUUUCCAAAUUGCCACAGCGGAAUAGACUCGUCAAUA